CCUUGCACUUCCGUUCAGCUUCGCGCAGUCGUUUGUCCUGUACGGCUACCCGUCCGCAUACGAAUCUAGCCCGGGAACUAAGACUUAGAGGGCAGUCGCCAGCCGGGAACCUGUCAAUUCCAGACGCCCUCCGGAUUGGCAAGAUGUGCUCCCUGGGGUUGUUUCCCCCACCGCCGCCUAGAGGUCAAGUCACCCUGUAUGAGCACAAUAACGAGCUGGUGACCGGCAACAGCUAUGAGAGCCCGCCUCCCGACUUCCGGGGCCAGUGGAUCAAUCUUCCUGUCCUACACUUGACCAAGGAUCCCCUAAAAGCCUCUGGGAGGCUGGACCAUGGUACGAGAACUGCCUUCAUCCAUCACCGGGAGCAAGUGUGGAAGAGGUGCAUCAAUGUUUGGCAUGAUGUGGGUCUUUUUGGAGUCCUGAAUGAAAUUGCAAAUUCGGAGGAGGAAGGUAACGCUCCUGUCCCUUCUGUUUUGUUUGAGUGGGUAAAGACAGCCUCCAGCUGGGCCCUGGCUCUCUGUGGCCGAGCCUCCUCUCUCCAUGGCUCCCUGUUCCCACACCUCUCUCUCAGGAGUGAAGAUCUGAUUGCUGAAUUUUCCCAAGUAACUAACUGGUCCAGCUGCUGCUUACGGGUCUUUGCUUGGCAUCCUCACACCAACAAGUUUGCAGUGGCCCUGCUGGAUGACUCCAUCCGCGUUUAUAAUGCCAACAGCACUAUAGUUCCCUCCCUGAAGCACCGUCUACAGCGAAGUGUGGCAGCACUGGCCUGGAAGCCCCUCAGUGCCUCUGUCCUGGCUGUGGCCUGCCAGAGCUGUAUUCUCAUUUGGACCCUGGACCCCACUUCCUUAUCUACGAGACCCUCCUCUGGCUGUGCCCAGGUGUUGUCCCACCCUGGGCACACACCUGUCACCAGCUUGGCUUGGGCCCCCAGUGGGGGGUGGCUGCUCUCAGCCUCACCUGUGGAUGCUGUUAUUCUGGUAUGGGACGUCUCAACAGAAACCUGUGUCCCCCUUCCUUGGUUCCGAGGAGGAGGGGUUACCAACCUGCUGUGGUCCCCAGAUGGUAGCAAAGUCCUGGCUACCACUCCUUCUGCUGUCUUUCGAGUCUGGGAGGCCCAGAUGUGGACUUGUGAGGGGUGGCCAACUCUCUCGGGCCGCUGCCAGACUGGCUGCUGGAGUCCAGAUGGAAACCGACUGCUGUUCACUGUACUGGGGGAAGCAUUAAUUUAUUCCUUGUCAUUCCCAGAACGAUGUGGAACAGAGAAAGGACAUGUUGGAGGUGCGAAGUCGGCAACUAUUGUAGCAGAUCUUUCUGAGACAACGAUUCAGACCCCAGAUGGAGAGGAGAGGCUCGGGGGAGAGGCCCACUCCAUGGUUUGGGACCCAAGUGGUGAACGUCUGGCUGUGCUCAUGAAAGGAAACCCACGGGUUCAGGAUGGGAAUCCCGUCAUCCUUCUUUUUCGAACUCGAAACAGUCCUGUGUUUGAGCUGCUUCCCUGUGGCAUUAUUCAGGGGGAGCCAGGAGCCCAAGCUCAGCUCAUCACUUUCCAUCCUUCCUUCAACAAAGGGGCCUUGCUCACUGUGUGCUGGUCCACAGGCCGAAUCACCCACAUCCCUCUGUACUUUGUCAAUGCCCAGUUUCCACGCUUUAGCCCAGUGCUUGGUUGGGCCCAGGAGCCCCCAGCUGGAGGUGGAGGCUCUGUUCAUGAAGUGCCACUAUUUACUGAGACAUCACCAACCUCUGCUCCUUGGGACCCUCUUCCAGGACAACCAUCUGCUCAACCCCACUCCCCUCAUUCCCACUUGUAAAUAAAGCUUUUCUUGUUUACACUUA